AUGUUCUCCCCAUCGUCCAUCGCACUCCGUUUCCGCACGUGCACCAGCGCACCGGGAUCGCAUCGCACUGCGCGAACCACUCCCAAAGUCCCCACUGGACUCCACCCGCCCCUCCCCACCCCGCGGAUCCGGAAUCCUCCACGAAUUAACGAGUUUCCCUUCCCCUGCUGCCCGGCCGGCGCGCGCGGUGACCAUCGUCCAUCGACCGAAGCCAGCGCGCCCCCGCGACCAGAUCCGAGCGGAGGGAUGACUGGGGCGGCGUCGCAGGCGUACGGGGAGGCGUGGUACUGGGACGAGCGGUACCGCAAGGAGUCGGGGCCCUUCGACUGGUACCAGAAGUACCCCGCCCUCGCGCCGCUGCUCCGCCUCUACGUGUGCCCGCACCAGCGCCUCCUCCUCGUCGGAUGCGGCAACUCCGUUUUUGGUGAAAACAUGGUUCAUGAUGGUUACCAGGACGUUGUCAACAUUGAUAUAUCGUCUGUGGUGAUUGAACAAAUGAAGAAGAAAUACCAUGAUAGGCCUCAACUAAAAUACACGAAGAUGGAUGUAAGAAACAUGUCAGACUUUGAGUCUGGUUCAUUUGAUGCUGUUAUUGACAAAGGAACACUAGAUUCUAUUAUGUGCGGCCAAAAUUCACAAGAGCAUGCAGCAAAGAUGCUAGGGGAGGUGAACAGAAUCCUCAACGAUAAGGGGGUCUACAUUAUGAUUACUUAUGGGGAUCCAAGUUAUCGAUUGAAUCUUCUGAAGGACCUCCAAUUUUGGACAGUAAAGCUUCACGUCAUAGAUAGGUGGGAGAGAAGUUCCAAAAAGACAUGGGACCUGACCGAGCCACUGCCUUUACAAGAUGAUAGUACAUCGAUUAUCAACCUUCUUGGCCCAAAACCUGAUGUUCACUAUAUUUAUGUCUGUAUAAAGGACAACGACAGUGCAAGAGUGGAGUUGAAGGUCGAGAUCAAUGAAGCAGACAAAUGA